AUGGCCGUCCCACAAGAGCCUUCAUUUAAUGAAAAUGAAAACGAUUCUCAAACUACUACUGCCAAGAACUCUUCUCCUUCUAAACAAACAAAGCCCAUUUCAACACCAAAUUCUCAAGACGAUGGGUAUAAUUUAUCUGUAGUAGUAACAACUUUGGAUAAAAGCCGCCGAGAACCAACAAAUUUACCUAAAUACAAGCAAACAACAUAUUCUUCCGUAGAACGUUCAUACAUCGAAUUGGAACGUUUGUAUAAUUCGUUAUCUUAUUCUAAUCCGGAAUGUAUUGUUCCGGCAUUACCUCAUCCAACAACCAGUUAUCAAGCAACCGAAGAAGAUGAACGUAGAGUUAAAUCUGCAAUGCAAUUAUGGUUUAAUAGAAUAUCAUCAAAUCCUGUUUUACGUAACGAUAAAGAACUUAGAUCCUUCAUAGAGACAGAUUUUGCUUUUGUACCGUCAACUAAACCACGUAGAAGAACUGGUCCAUUUAGAUUUGGAUUUUCUUCAGAUAUAAGGGAUGAUGAUAUGAAAUUGGCAGAAUCAAAGUCAUUAGCAAAUAUAUUUGAAAAUCAUUUUUUUGAUAAUGCUAAAUCUGUUCAGAAAUUGGCUAGAUAUAGAAAAGGAAAAACACUUCAAGUAGUUGGUGAAUUACAACAAUUACAAGCUGUUAGUGAAGCUGCUGCACUAGGAGAUUUCUUUAGUUAUUAUGCUAUGAACUCACAUGCAGCAAAGGAGACUUUAUCAAAUCGACUUAAAAUUAUCUCGGAACAUGAUGAUGCAGUAAAAACUACUAUAAGUAAACGUCGUUAUAUUGAAAGAUUAAAAUCUUCAACAUCAAUUAAACAGGAAAAUGCCAAAAACUAUGAGCAAAAUCUUGAUGCAAGAGUAAAACGAGUUACCAAAAAACUUCAUAGUGAACUUGAAAUUUAUGAAAAUAAUAGAGCUCAAGAUUUCAUGGCAGCAAUUCAAGAAUAUAUUAAGAAACAAAUUUUAUUUGAAAAACAACAAUUAAAAGAAUGGGAAAAAUUAAAGCCUGAUGUCGAUUUAAUCACAAAUAAAAAUAUGGUUGUUCAUAUUUAUGAAAAAGAAGAACUUGAUCCCCGUGCUAUUGCCGAGAGACUUAGUACUUUUGGUUAA